CCGCGCUCUCCUUUUUUUUGCCGCGGUCAUGGCAAGCUUCGAUCCCGGUUCGUUGCCUGACUUGCUGCGCCUUUAUUACCGCCGCCUCUUCCCCUUCGCCCUUUACGGCCGGUGGCUCCGCUACGGCGAUGUGUCAAAGAACUAUUUUCAGCGACGGGAGUUCUCAUUCACACUCCGUGAUGAUAUCUAUGUGCGGUAUCAGUCUUUCAACACCCCACAGGAAUUGGAAAAAGAAAUCCAAAAAUUGUGUCCAUAUAAAAUUGACAUUGGAGCCGUGUAUUCGCACAAGCCUGUCCAGCAUAACACCAUCCACAUGGGUGCUUUUCAAGCUCAAGAAAAGGAAUUGGUGUUUGAUAUAGAUCUGACAGAUUAUGAUGAUGUUAGGCAAUGCUGCAGCUCCGCAGAGAUCUGUUCCAAAUGCUGGACUCUCAUGACCAUUGCCAUCCGCGUUAUAGAUCGAGCCCUUGUAGAGGACUUUGGCAUUCAGCAUAGACUCUGGGUGUAUUCAGGACGCAGAGGGGUCCAUUGCUGGGUGUGUGAUGAUGCUGUCAGAAAGUGGUCUACAACUCUCCGCUCAGCCGCAGUGGAAUAUCUCUCCCUAGUCAAGGGAGGUGAAGGAACCAUCAAGAAAGUAACCCUCUCGGAUAACCACAUUCAUCCUUUCAUCAGAGCAUCGUUGGAUAUAGUGAAACGUUACUUCAAAGAAUAUGCUCUCGUUGGUCAGGACAUACUUGGAAAUAAAGAAAAAUGGGAAAAGGUGUUAGCUUUGGUUCCAGAGACAGAGCAAGAGUGUCUUCGUUCGGAAUUCCGUAAAAAGCAUAAUUCAGAGCAGCGCUGGGAAGUUCUGGAAAAAAAGAAAAUGGUACACUCUGAAAGGGAGAUUAUGUUACAAUACUGUUUUCCCCGCCUGGAUAUGAACGUUAGCAAAGGCAUCAAUCAUUUGCUGAAGAGCCCUUUCAGCGUUCAUCCCAAAACAGGACGCAUUUCAGUUCCAAUUGACCUGAAGAAAUUGGAUGACUUUGAUCCAUUUGCUGUCCCCACGAUAGGCCACCUCUGUCAUGAGCUGGACAUGAUUGGGAAAGAUGAAGGAAAUGGAAAGGAAACUGAAGGUCUACCAGAAAGCUCUCGUAAAAGCAGAGAUUAUAAGAAAACCAGUUUGGCUCCAUACGUGAAAGUCUUUGAACAGUUCUUAGAAGAAAUGGAGAAAUCUUACAAAGGACAGCGUUUGAAAGAUAGUGACAUGCAGAUGGAUUUCUGAAGUUUUGAAGACACAGUGCAUUGUCACAAGGCAGCUUCAUGUGGCCAGAUAACGGUAUUCAAAUACAGUAGAACUCUCGACUGUUUUGCUAGAUUCGUGCACAAAUCAGCCACUUUCAGACAAGGUCAAAACAGGCUUUUCUUACUGAAGAAGACGCGAUAAAAGUGUUAAUAGCCAUUCAGGUCCCAACAGCUGAGCGCCACAUAAAAUAAAUAUUUGGUUUUGAAUAACAUGGGGGUGUAUAAUCUGUGGGAUACACAUUUGUCAAACAGGAAACAAUAGGGGUUUAUAUUGCAGCAUACAGUAUGUAACGUAUGCGUUUAUGCUUUAUUUGACAUGACAUUACAAGCGAAUAUCAGGCAGUUGUGACUGGUGACUAUGGUUUUAAAGAAUUUCGUGUAAUCCUCGACUUACAAUGGCAAUUGGGACCAGAAUUUUCAUUGCUAAGCAGUGCAGUUACGAAGUGCGUUAGCAUUGCUUAGCAACAGCAAUCCCUGUAGUCCCAGCUACCAUUGUUAACUAAAUCCCAAGGUCAUUAGGUGAGGCAACUUCCUGCCUACCUCCCACAACAAAAGUCAGUAGAAAGGCCAGAAGGAAGCUGCAAGUCCCAGGCAGGCAGGCAAGUGGCUACUGCUGGGGUGUGUGUGUGUGUGGAGUGAGUGUAUAUCAGGUGCGAAAGGCAUGGUGUGUGUUGUGUCGGAUGUGAGGGAGGCUAGGGGAAAACUGGGGAGGAUAUGCAAGCGUACAUAAGCAGCCAGCACAAGCACAGAGGGGUUGAAGUGGGGUGCACAGGUAGGAGAGGCUUACCCAAGUUUUUGUUUUUAUUCUGCCUGUACACCGCCCUGAGUCCUUUGGGAGAAGGGCGGUAUAAAAAUUUAAUAAAUAAAUAAAUAAAUAAGUGACUUUUGACCUUCCCUGCUGGCUUCCCCAUUGACUUACUGGGGAAGUCGGCAGGGAAGGCUGUAAAUGGCAUGCAACUAAUCUGGUCAUGGUCUGGUCAACUAUUGGUCAUAACGCCAUUAUAAUUUCAAAUAGUCAUGAACAAAUGGGUCAUUUGCCAAAGAUUUGCCUGUGGAUCUGAUUUUUAUCAUCCAGUCCUUCACCAAAAAGCUAAAGCAGCCCACUUUUAGAUGGAUUUCACCUCAAUGCUGUGUGACUUUCACUUUUUCAAAGUAAAACUGUAUGUUGGGGAUUUCUAAAAUCAAAACAUACAAGUAUUGCAAACUAUAGCUUUCAGAGGACAUCAUCCUUGUUGAAAUUGGUUGAAUGAGUCAUAACAUUUUAUAUAUACUACGGGGGGGGGGAAUGGAGGUACACAUGCCGAAAAACAUUGUCAGUGGGAAUCUUUGCUGGGCCAGUGCACAACCGUGUUACAGUAAAAAAAAAAUAUGUCCAUAAUUUGAAAUCAGGCAAAAUAUAACAGUAAAAUGCAGCCAUCUAAUGUAAUACUUAAAAGUCAGACUUUUCAGCUCUAUUUUACUUCCAAUAAAGCAGUCUUUCCUAUGAUAGCAGAGAUGGUUGUCCUUUAGUUUCUGUUAUCUCUUAACCAGAUGAAAAUUGGCCUGAUGUGAACCUCCGGAAUGAGCCCUUCUCUUAAAAAAAAGGCUACUGUAAAAGGUGGUUCUAUAAAUGUGUAAAACCUAUGUGCCUGUUACAUUCUUAAUUUCUUUUUCUUUCAUUUGAACUCGUUUAGUCUGUUUCUUUUUCUACUUAAGCACCAAAUCUUCAUAAUUUAUUUUUUAAAAAACGUUUCAUUAAAAAAAAUUAAAAGUUCUGAAAAGUGGCAAGUUUGCUUAACCCUUACAUACCCAUCGGAGCUGCUUGUAGAAUAUACAACAACCUGAAGCAUGUGCCUGGAAGGGAUUUAUUUAACUCCUUUGGUUGACCAAAUAAUUGCUUUCCUGGUUUCCUUGGCAAUAGGCAUUCCAUACAAGGCCUCGUAUAUUUUUCUAACAUCACCCUGCAAAGCAGUCUUAGCCAUUGAAAGGUCCAGCAUGUCUAUGCUGGUUCAUGGUUCAGUAAAUCUGCACACAGAACAACACCCUUUAGGGCAGGGGUGUCCAAACUUGGUCCCUUUAAGACUUGUGGACUUCAACUCCCAGAGUCCCUCAGCCAGCUUUGAAGUCCACAAGUCUUAAAAGGACCAAGUUUGGACACCCCUGCUUUAGGGUAUUGGCCAAAACACCUGUUUCACUAGUUAUCCCAGUGGAUAGUUAGUGUGCACAGAAGACCUCGGGACCACCAUGAAGGAGCACUACUAAGCUUUUGAAGAAUUGCAUUGUUUUGUGUCAUGAUUCAUGGGGUACUGCUGGUACAGUUCUACAGGGGAAUUAUUGAGUCUGUCAUCUGCACCUCUAGAACUGUCUGGUUUACUUCUGCAACCCAACAAGACAGACACAGACUUCAGAGGAUAAUUAGAACUGCAGAAAAAAACAAUGGCUACCAACCUGCGUUCCAUUGAGGACCUGUAUACUGCACGAGUUAAAAAGAGGGCUGUGAAAAUGUUUACAGACGCCUCACAUCCUGGACAUAAACUGUUUCAAUACCUACCCUCAAAAUGACGCUACAGAGCACUGCACACCAGAACAACUAGACACAAGAACAGUUUUUCCCCAAAUGCCAUUACUCUGCUAAACAAAUAAUUCCCUUAACAUUGUCAAACUAUUCACUAAAUCUGCAUUACUAUUAGUCUUCUCAUUGUUAUCACCCAUCUCCUCCCACUUAUGACUCUAUGACUGUAACCUUGUUGCUUAUAUCCUUAAGAUUUAUAUUGACUGUUUCCCUAUGACUAUCAUUAAGUGUUGUACCUUAUGAUUCUUGAUGAAUGUAUCUUCUUUUAUGUACUCCAAGAGCAUAUGCACCAAGACAAAUCACACUUGGCCAAUAAAGAAUU